AUUUUUUUUAACCUUACCAAGUCUUAGAAAUAUAAAAAAAGUUUUUAUUUUUAUUUGUUAAAACACUGCCGGCCCGGCUUUGUCUGUCCAUUUCCAUCCAUCGUUCAUUUUCAUUCAUGAUUCAUUCAUUGUUCAUGCCAUUUGGAACCGUGAUUUCUAUCGCUUUUUUCCAGAUCACGAGGAAAUCAAGAUAAUUUGUUUGAGUUGAAAGUGCUUCAAUUUCCAAGAAAAAAUGGCUUUACACGUACCGAAAGCUCCGGGUGUACCCCAAAUGUUAAAGGAAGGAGCACGGAUGUUCUCUGGUCUAGAGGAAGCAGUUUACCGUAACAUUAACGCAUGUAAACAAUUUGCCCAAAGUGUGCGUUCAGCAUAUGGACCCAAUGGAAUGAACAAAAUGAUUAUCAACCACAUUGAUAAACAGUUUGUUACAAGCGAUGCUGGUACCAUUAUCAGAGAGCUUGAUGUUGAACAUCCUGCUGCUAAAUUGAUGGUACUAGCCAGUCAGAUGCAAGAUUCUGAAGUAGGAGAUGGCACCAACUUUGUGAUUGUCUUCUCUGGUGCUUUAUUGGAAGCAGCUGAGGAACUACUGCGCCUGGGUGUAACACCCACUGAAAUUGCUGAUGGCUAUGAGAAAGCCCUAGAAAAAUGCUUAGAAAUCCUGCCAGGACUAGUUUGUGAAGAAAUUAAAGAUUGCAAAAAUGUUCAAGCUGUUGUCAAGGGAAUAACUCCCUCAAUCAUGUCUAAGCAGUAUGGAUAUGAAGAUUUUAUUGCUGAACUGGUGGCCAAGGCUUGUGUUGCUAUUCUUCCUGAAAAAACCACAUUCAAUGUUGAUAAUGUGAGAAUAUGCAAGAUUCUAGGAUCAGGACUUCUACAAUCUGAAGUUCUCUCUGGAAUGGUGUUCAAGCGAGAGGUUGAAGGAGAUGUUCCUUCUGCAACAAAAGCUAAAGUUGCUGUCUACUCAUGCCCUGUGGAUAUCACUCAGACUGAAACUAAAGGAACUGUUUUGAUCAAAUCAGCUGAUGAACUUCUUAACUUCAGUAGGGGAGAAGAGUCUCAACUGGAGAAACAAAUUAAAGAAAUUGCCGAUUCUGGAGUCAAAGUAGUAGUUGCUGGUGCUAAGUUUGGUGACAUGGCUUUGCAUUUCUUGAACAAGUAUGGCAUAAUGGCUGUUCGUCUCAACUCUAAAUUCGACAUCCGACGUCUCGCCAGGACUGUAAAUGCUACUGUGCUGCCAAGACUUACAACACCAACUGCUGAAGAGCUUGGAUACUGUGACUCCGUUGGUGUGGAGGAGCUGGGAGACACACGUGUUGUUUGCUUCCGCAUGGACAGCACUGAGUCACGCAUCUCCACAGUUGUCAUUCGAGGCUCUACAGACAAUUACAUGGAUGACAUUGAAAGAGCCAUUGAUGAUGGUGUGAAUACCUUCAAAGGAAUUGCCAGGGAUGGCAAAUUUUUGCCUGGUGCUGGUGCAACAGAAAUUGAAUUGGCUCAGCAACUGCUUCAGUAUGCAGACACACUGCCAGGCUUAGAACAAUAUGCUGUAAGGAAGUUUGCCGUUGCUUUGGAAAGCAUCCCACGUGCCUUAGCUGACAAUUCUGGUGCCAAUGCCACAGAAGUUGUCAACAACAUUUACAAAGCUCACAAGGAGGGCAACAAAAAUGCAGGUUACGACAUUGAAUCUGAAAACAACGGUGUAUGUGACGCGAAGGAGAAAAACAUAUUGGAUUUAUACGUCUUAAAGUACUGGGGACUCAAAUACGCCGUUGGCGCAGCUGCAACAAUUCUCAAGGUGGACCAAAUUAUUAUGGCAAAGAGAGCAGGCGGGCCCAAACCUAAAGCACCGGCGGGAAGUGAUGACGAAUCUUAAAAUUACAUUUACUAUUAAAGUCGCAAAGUAUUUUAGUUAAGUUUUUAAAAUAACAUAAUGUCACCUUGCAUUUAAUUCGAAAUAUAAUAUAAUUUGCUUUGUAUAACCUACAAAAAAGGCAACAAUUCGGUUCUAUUGCAUAUUUAUUUGUUUGUUAUAAAGUUUUGUUCUCAAAACUCUGUGUAGUAAUUAAAAAUUUUGAAAACCACAUUGUGUAGUAAAGAAAUAAAUAAGAUUGCUUUUACGACAGUAAAAUUGCUACAAAAUGUUAUGUAUCUUUUAUCACAAAUAAAUAAUUACAGAAUAAAAAAAAUAACACAA